AUGGGAUGUGUUGGUUAAAAAUAGAAUCGAAAUCAAUAACAAAAUAAAUUUCAAUUACAUAGGCAAUCAAUUUCGAUUUCACAUUCAAAUAGAAAAAUGUGUAUUGAAUCACCAUUUGUAACUGAUCCUAAACAAUAAAUAUAAUUAUAUCGAUCGAUUGAUAUUACAAAAGAUGAAGAAUUUAUUUUAAAGAGUGAUAAGAAGUUCAUCUCUAAAAAUUAAGAAUCUCCAACGACUACUCCAAAAUUUAAUUAAAAUCUUUAAUUUGCAAUAGGGAAUCGUAAAAAUAAAAUUGUUCUAUGA